AAACUUAUUAAAUAGAUUCAUAUGGCUCCAAAAUGUCCUUCACUCUCAAGUCAGUUUCAACCAAAUCUUUUGUCCCUUCCUUUUCCAACCCAAAAGUAUUUGAUCUCAAAAUGUUGCAGCAAUUUUUCUUGGACUACAGGAGUUGUGUCAUAACAGGAGCUGGUAUUUCCACUGAAUCGGGCGUUCCUGACUAUCGUUCAGAGGUAGUGGGACUGUAUGCGAGGAGUAACAGCAGACCUCUUCAAUACAGUGAGUUUCUCAGAUCCUCUGACGCGAGAAGAAGAUAUUGGGCCAGAAACUACGCAGGGUGGGGUCGGUUCAACUCGAUCACGCCCAAUGUCAACCACAAGAUCAUUAACAAGUUGGAGAAAAGUGGCCGAGUGAAUUGGUUGAUUACGCAGAAUGUUGACGCGCUUCACAGACUGGCAGGGUCUGAAAGGUUCAGCGAGAUACACGGUUGCAUGCAUGAAGUGGAGUGUUUGAGUUGUGAGAAGUUGUUCGCAAGAGAUGAUAUACAGAUCAAAAUUAAAAGAGAAAACUCCGAGUUUGACUUUACUAUUUUGGAGAUAUCAGCGGAUGGCGAUGUGUUCAUACCAGAUGAAAAAGUAGGAGACUUCGUGGCUCCAAUGUGCGACUCGUGCGGAGGAAUAUUGAAGCCUAGUGUCGUGUUUUUCGGAGACAAUGUGAAGAAAGCGACAGUGGAAGAAACAAAACAAAAAGUAUCAGAAUCAGAAGCAGUUCUCUGUGUCGGAACUUCUUUACAGACUUACAGCAGCUAUAGAUUAAUACUACAAGCACACAAAGAGCAAAAGCCAAUUUAUAUCGUCAAUAUUGGACCGACCAGAGCUGACCAUCUGGCUACACACAAAGUAGAGAGCCUAGCAAGCUUAGUUUUAUCAGAGUCGACCAACGGAGUUAUUGAACCAAUUCUGCGCUGAACUGGCUCUGAUGACGCAAAGACGAGCCAGUUAAUCUUCGAUUUAUUAACAUCUGUUGUUUUAAAAUAUUUCUUCUUGGAUUUCUCUCUUCUUAAUAAUCGUUAGUAGAUAAAUAUAUGAAUGCUUUCUUU